GCAUUCACACAACACUUUUGCUCGAUCACGAAGAGGUACGACAUUCUGCGGCUCUAUAGCCCAUCGACUACGCAGCCAUGUUGUCGGCAACCAGGCAUUCUGCUCUACGCACAUUGCGUGCGCAGGCAUGCUCAAGAUCGUUCCUGUCCGAGUCUCCAAUGUCCUUUCGCGCACGACUCCUUUCCACCCUCGCUAUUCUAGAACAGAAGGAUGGGAAACUUAAUAGUGGCUCAUUGGGUGCCGUCACAGCUGGACAGAAACUUGGAGGGUCAGUACAUGGCUUCAUUGCAGGCAAGGCAGGAAAGUCAAUCGCUCAAGAGGCAGCCAAAAUCCAAGGACUGGAGAAGGUGCUUGCUGUCGAGAAUGAGGCAUAUGAACGAGGACUUGCCGAGAACUGGGCACCUCUUCUGGUAGAAAACAUCAAAAAGGGUGGAUACACACACGUUGUCACAUCACACUCAGCAUUUGGAAAGAGCCUGCUACCUCGAGUGGCGGCGCUACUGGAUGUCCAACAGCUAUCAGACGUUAUGUCUAUUGAAAGCGAAGACACUUUUGUCAGACCCAUCUACGCAGGCAAUGCGAUCCUGACAGUACAAAGCAGCGACCCUAUCAAGCUGUUGACCGUUCGACAGACAUCUUUCCCACCGGCCGAGACUGAAGGUGGUUCAGCAUCAGUGGAAGAGGGAGUUGAUCCCAAAGUUGAAUCUCCCACCGAAUGGGUGUCGGAAGAAUUGGCCAAGUCCGAUCGACCAGAACUCGCCUCUGCUUCAAGAGUUGUCUCGGGUGGCCGAGGUCUCAAGUCCAAGGAAGAGUUUGAUCGAUUAAUUCCACCUUUGGCUGACGCUCUCGGUGCAGCUAUUGGCGCAUCAAGAGCAGCCGUCGACAGUGGCUUUGCCGAUAACAGUCUGCAGGUCGGCCAGACUGGUAAGAAUGUGGCGCCACAGUUGUACCUUUGCGCUGGUAUUUCUGGAGCGAUUCAACAUCUUGCUGGUAUGAAGGACAGCAAGGUCAUCGCUUGUAUCAACAAGGACCCUGAUGCACCUAUCUUCCAGGUGGCCGAUGUUGGCUUGGUAGGAGAUUUGUUUGAGAAAGUGCCAGAAUUGACCGAAAAGCUCAAGUCGCAAUGAUUAAUCGACAGUCAGGUUGUCGCUUUCUGAUAUGAAUUAUUGCAACAACCAAGAACCACUUUUGGAACUCUGAACUUGAUGAGACCGGUCAACAGCAGGUUUGAUAUGGAACGAAAUCCACGAGCAUUGCAAAACUUGAAAAAUAGAUGAUAUAUACCAAAGGGUGGUCUGGGGAAACGAUAUGCAGCGACUAUACUCGCAAUUCUGUGAUAACAUCAGGCAUAUACAAAUUCAUAUACAUACUCCACAGCUUUCCUG